AUGCCCUUUGACCCUGCCUAUGAAGUGCCCAUGAAUCGAGUGAAGGUGGAGCGGCGUCUUGGUGAAGGUGCCUUUGGCCUCGUCUUUGGCGGCACAGCUGCGCACCUGCCUGGGGGCAUCGCCGGUCCCCUUCCUGUGGCUGUUAAGACUCUUCGAGCCAGCUCAUCCGAGGAUGAUGUGGUUGCCUUCGUGCAGGCGAUAGAAAUGAUGAAGUUCGUCGGCAAGCACGAGAACGUGAUUCAACUUUACGCAACCAGCAACUACGAUGGUGGGUUAAGAUCCAUUGUCCCAAUAAGAUGA